AUGGAGUCCCCAGUCACUAAGACAAUGCCGGGCAACGGUGCCCAGCAGCUGCUCCCUGGCAGGGGCUCUCCAUCACCCGCUGAGGUCAUUCCCAGCAUGGAACCAGAGCCCCAGAGCCGAUUGCAUCACAAAAAUGUGCUGUGUCUCUUUGCUUGUGUGGGCUGCGUGCCCAGACGGACGCGUCGCAGGGAGAGAAGCAGGGUGUCAAGCCCUGUCCCUACCUGCGCCGUGACCUUACUGCUUCAGCGCCUGCAAGAUCAGGAGGGCCACGGUCCCGUGGGUGCCAGGCCCGGCAGCACAUCCACAGAGCGAUGGGUGGCAGCGGGCAAAGCGAGCGUGACUGGUCCUUGUCCCCAGGGUGACCGAGCGCAGGCGUACUGUGAGCUGGAGAGCGCCCUGUGCCAAGACAGCAGCCGCCCGCCGUGCGGAGUGGUGAACCGGCUGCUGGCAGAGGUGUCCCGGGACCUGACGGCAGCCCAGGUGAGGGCUCACUCCCAAAGGCAAAGGGAACCGCCUGCCCACGCUGGUGUUCUGCUGGCAGAUAGUGGUGGUUUAACCCUUCCAAGGGCCUCAGGCGGUCUCCUGUGCCGCGUGUCACCAGUGACUCUCUUCCAGGGCGUGACCAGCAAUUUGAGGACAGCUGCCAGCAAUGUCCUGGUGGCUCUGGCUCGGACGCACUUCACCUUGGUGAUGGCUGAGCUCCAGAGCCACCUGAAGGCCACGGGGGACAUGUCCAAGGAGUUUGUGCUCAUCACCCUGAGCAAACUCUUCAGCACCUAUGCUCCACAGUGCAUCCCCUUUGUGUGGCUGUUGCUGGCAGGCCUGCGCAGUGUGGUGGGCCAGGUGAAGAGUGGCCAGAUCCUGCGCAUCGCUUGUGCUGUUGUGAAACAGUGGCUGGAUGGAGUGAAGAUCCACUUGUCCUCAGGAAUGCAAUGCCCCUGGCCUGCCAUGGAGAAAGAGCAGAUCUAUGAAAACCUUCAUGAGCUGCUCUUCUCCGUGAUGUGGAACUGGCAGGACUGCCAGGAGGAAAAGGACAAACAGGCCGUCCUUGGGGCUGUGGCUGCCAUGUUGGAGGUUCUCCUGCAAGAGGAGCAGCACCAAGAGCACGUCUGGGAGCAGCUCCUCUGGCUCGUUCGCCCUUGUCAGGAGAUCCAAGACACCUGCAGGGUGGCCAAGAGCCUCACUAUCUUCCUGGAGGCCUUAGGGGGCACUGAAUCUGUCAUUCCAAGGGACAGGUUUCUGGACGUCACUAGCGCUGUGUUCUACCAGCUCUAUGAUGACAGCAAGCAGCACAGCGAGGCUGAUCGUGCGCAGCUGACUCACUGCAUCAUGCUGCAGGCCCAGAUCUGCCCAGAGGAAACCAUCCUGUUUCUGCAGUCGCAGCUGGGCGAUGACUGGGAGCCUGGAUGCGUGGCAGCCCUGGGUCUGCUGGGUGCUCUGGCUCGCUCUGAUGAGCCCAUGAUGACAGAGAAGCUGCCCCAGGUCGUCGAGGCUGUGCAGCGUCUGUGCAAUGACCCCAGCAUCCGGGUGAGGACAGCUGUUCUGCAUUUCAUUAAUGAUCUGUUCAGCUCUAACACCCGGAGCUGCUCAGCCUGGGAUGUGGUGGGGCACAUCUUCAGGGAGUUCAGCCGCACCACGGCAAGAAGGGCAUCCGGAGACCUUUCUGCCCAGGAAGCCCAGGAAGAAGGAGCUCUCCAGGAGCUUUGCAUGGACACCCUGGGAUCACUGGACGUCUCUGUGAGAGGGAUGUCCAAACUCCUGUGGCCGCGGCUGCUGUUGUUUGUGGUGCCAGCGCAGUACACAGGCAUGCUGAUCCCAGUCUCCCGCUGUGUCUGUGCCCUGGCUGAGAGAGAGGAGCUGACAGGACGGCCGAUAGAACACCUGGAUCCCCAUUUUGUCAGCUCCAUGUUUCAAGGCCCACUGCUGACGCCCCAGACACUGCUGGCACGACUGCUGGUGGUGGCAGGCAGCCCUGUAGCAGGCAGCAAACUCCAAGCUGCUGCCUUACUGCUGAUGAAAAACCUCCACAGCAGGUUCCACAGAGUUCUGGGGGCCAUGUGGGCUACUGAGAUCCCCCUGCUGCUGCAGUGUCUUGAAGGGAAAGAUGAGAGCUUCCCGGACACUGCCGAGUUUGAGCGCCGUCUGCUAAAGUUCCUGAGGGCGUCAGUGGACACCGUAGAUGAUGAGGCAUGGACCGAGGCCCUGAGCAGUGAGCUGAGCCAGCGGCUGAGCAGCUCCACCGGCAGCUCUGCCGAAAAGUCGUUCCUGUACAAGGCUCUGGGCACGGUGCUGGGAUCCUGUAAGGGAGUCCUCCACGUGCAGGAGAAGCUGCUGCAGCACCUGGAGGAGGCAAAUGCAGAGGAACCAUGUGAGGCCCAGGGAAUCAUCUUUCUUCUCAGCCAUGCUGCUAAGAACAACUUCCACACAGUCCUGGCCACACUCACCAUGUUUGCGUCCAGGCUGUGCAAAGGCCGCAAUGCCAGGAUUUCCAGGCGCAAGAAGAUGGAGCUGGACAGCACGAGAGCUCAUGCCACACGCAGCGCUCUCAUGCUCGCCCACGGCAGUGUGGCACUGCGUGCCUCCAAGGAACAGCUGCUUGCCCACCUGGAGGGAGGCAUCGUGGGCAACAUCCUGAUGCUGUACAGCUGCAGCUGCCGGGACUUGCAGAACAACCUCGCGCUGCUGCAGAGCAUCACUGACUGCAGCACUGCCUUCCAAGCUGUGGGUGAUUCUGCCAGCUUUAACCGCUCCUUGAAGAGCAAGCUGCUGGAGAUCCUGAUGGACCUGAUGAAGAAGUAUUACUCGGGCAUCCCUGUCUCCCCAGUGCCGCUCAAGGUGGUUCUGGCCCUGGAGCAGUUGAGCAAGCUGAAGCCCUCUUUCGAAAGCAAGGAUAUGCGUGAGAUGUUGGUCCUGUGCUGCAAGAACAUCGUGACACAUCCUUCAGCAGAGAUGAUGCUGAAGAUCAGGAAGUCACAGCAAGCAGCACAGUACCUGCAGCUUCAGCAAACAUCACUGAAAGCUCUGGGCCGGCUCAUGGUGGUCCUGCUGGAGACAGAGCCCAGCGGCGGCUUCUUCCAAAACAUAGUGCAUGUCCUGCAGAAAUCGAUGGUCUCAAGCAACGUGUGGGAGCGCAAGAGGGCCCUGCAGACCUGCUCCCAGCUGCUGGCUGUUUGUGAAGAGCUUCAAAGAGGAGAUGCCUGUGAGCACUUUGGCUCCUUGGUGGGAUUGCUGGCGCCUCUGACGUGUGACCCCAUGCCUGCAUCCCGCCAGCUGGCUGUCACCUGUCUGAGCUCCCUUCUGCGAAUCCAAGCCAAAGCAGUCAACGCAGUCAUUGAGACGGGUGACAUCAAGAGCUUGUGCGAGGGGCUGCAUGCCUGCAGCGUCGCCUCUCAGCUCCAGACCACGUCCAAAAUGGCAAGAAUUGUGUGCAGAAACUUCCCCAUCGAACGCACCGUUGACUUCAUGGCGGCCAUCAAGGAGACCAUCCGGAAAGCCAACGGAGUGCGCGUGCGUGCUGCUGGGAAGUGGAUGACCACCUUCCUGCAGAUGCACGGGAAGGACAUCAGUUGGAACGUGCCACCGAUCCUCUACAUCCUGCGCAGCAUCACCUCGUUUGCGCAGCAGAGCACGUUCCUGCCCUUCCUGUGCCAGGCGGUGGUCAUCCUCACCCGCUGUCACACCGAGGCCGUGAUGAACAACUUCUCCCGGCCGCUUGGGCCAACAGACAGUGUGACGUGGAAAAGAAUAAGAGAGUUUUGCCUUCAACGCUGGAGCCAGUAGAAGAACGAAGAGAAAGACAAGAGAGGAGGAGGAGAAGGAGAAGGAGAGGCAAGGCAAGUCGAAGCAAAGCGGAGAAGCGAAGAGAGACGAGAAGCGAAGCAAAGAGAAAAGCAAAGCAAAGCGAAGAGAUACCACUAAUCACAUAGAGAAUUGUAAUUGUAUUUGUAUUGUAAUUGAAUUGUAAUUGUAACAAUACUAUUAUUAAUAUCUUUAAUACUAAAUAAAUAAAUAAAACCACUAUUUAUAUUAAUAUUAUUAAUACAAAAAUCUCUCUGAUAAUAGGAUUGUAAAAGCCAAAUGGGAGGUGGCAAAAGUUCAGACACUCUUCCUUAUCAUAGCUGAAUCAAUUGGUUUGUUCAGAAUUAUGGAACAGACUCUAACAUCUUAUUAGAGCAUUU